AUGUGCAAUGGUUUAGAACAGCCAAGGAAGCAACAGCGUUCAGACCUCAAUGGACCAGUUGACAAUAAUAACACACCCGAGACAAAGAAAGUGUCCUCAUUUCCAAGUUUUGUUGAUGUUCCAGGACCUUGUGAGCCUGAAGACCUCAUUGAUGGAAUCAUCUUUGCAGCCAAUUACCUGGGCUCUACACAGCUGCUCUCUGAGCGCAACCCUUCCAAAAACAUAAGAAUGAUGCAGGCCCAAGAGGCAGUGAGCCGUGUUAAGAGGAUGCAAAAGGCGGCUAAAAUCAAGAAAAAAGCGACUUCAGAAGGAGACUCCCAGGCCUUGACUGAAGUGGAUCUGUUCAUCUCCACGCAGAGAAUCAAAGUUUUAAAUGCAGACACGCAGGAAACGAUGAUGGAUCAUGCGCUGCGCACAAUCUCGUAUAUUGCCGACAUUGGUAACAUUGUGGUUUUAAUGGCACGGCGCCGCAUGCCAAGAUCAGCUUCUCAGGACUGUAUUGAAACAACACCUGGUGCCCAGGAAGGAAAGAAGCAGUACAAAAUGAUAUGCCAUGUCUUUGAAUCAGAGGAUGCACAGCUGAUAGCUCAGUCGAUUGGUCAGGCUUUCAGUGUGGCUUACCAAGAGUUUUUAAGAGCCAAUGGAAUUAACCCAGAGGAUCUCAGUCAGAAAGAAUACAGUGACAUCAUCAAUACCCAAGAGAUGUACAAUGAUGAUCUCAUACACUUUUCCAAUUCAGAAAACUGCAAAGAGCUCCAGCUAGAAAAACAGAAGGGAGAAAUUCUUGGGGUAGUGAUUGUGGAAUCUGGAUGGGGAUCCAUACUACCUACCGUUAUCCUGGCUAACAUGAUGAAUGGAGGCCCUGCAGCCCGUUCAGGAAAACUAAGCAUUGGAGACCAAAUUAUGUCCAUUAAUGGGACCAGUUUAGUUGGUCUACCUCUUGCAACAUGCCAAGGGAUCAUAAAGGGUCUCAAGAAUCAGACACAAAUAAAACUGAACAUCGUCAGCUGUCCUCCUGUUACUACUGUCCUCAUAAAACGGCCAGACUUAAAAUACCAGCUGGGCUUCAGUGUACAGAAUGGAAUUAUUUGCAGCUUGAUGCGAGGUGGAAUAGCUGAGAGGGGAGGGGUGAGAGUAGGACAUCGUAUUAUUGAGAUCAAUGGACAAAGUGUUGUUGCUACUGCUCAUGAGAAGAUAGUACAAGCCUUGUCUAAUUCAGUGGGAGAGAUUCACAUGAAGACUAUGCCAGCUGCCAUGUUCAGGCUUCUGACUGGACAAGAGACACCACUGUACAUCUAGCGUGCAACUUUCUUGCAGCAAAAUAACUAAAUGAUUCCAUCAAAGCUGAAGCCCUCAUAGCUGAAGAGAAUUUUGUAUUUUGUAUGAAUUAAAGGCUCUGAAGCUGACCCAAGGACUCCGAAACAAGGAACAGACAGGUGUCUCUGCCUUGUCUCUCCUUCCUUUUAAUUUCUUUGCCAAAAAGUGAUAAGAAGGAUGGUCAAGGACAAUAAUCACUGAAAAAAAAUCUUUGUAAAACAUUUAAGUAUUUUUCAACAUCUUCUGAACUCUUUUCUCAUACGACUUAAAACAUAUUUAUUUGUAACCUUUAUGUGGAGUGAUGUAUGUGUGUGUCUGUCUUGUUUGAUAACACGGUGAAUGUGACUAUUUGAUGAAUGAGACUGCAGGAAAUGGCAAAGAAAAGCAAUUAAAGUUAUGGCUGCCUCAAGUUAAAAAAAAAAAUCCAGUCCCAUAAAGUGGUC